UGGAUGGAUGGAUGGAUGGAUGGACGAUGUUACGCAAUACGUUUAAUAUAUAACGCGUUUUGCGCAGGUUACUUAUUGACCAGAGUGGAGAAAAAGAUUGGCUCCCCCGAAAAACCUCUGUCGGAUCUGGGCUUGAUCUCGUAUCGCAGCUACUGGAAGGACGUUUUGCUGCAGUACCUCUGCAACUUCGGGGGCAAGGAACUCUCCGUCAAAGAUAUCAGCAAGGAGAUGGCCAUCGAUUCCUACGAUAUCGUGAGCACUCUGCAAGCCCUCGGUAUGAUGAAGUACUGGAAGGGGAAGCACAUCAUUCUAAAGAAACAGGUAAGUCGCCCAUUGUGAUUCUAAUUUUCCAGUUCCAACGGAAAGAGGGAUGAUUCCUCCUCUCCCCUCGUGCCUCGCAGGGGAUGGCGAGCCUCGCGUUCCCCUUUUCAACUGCUCCGUGUCAUCGUGUCACGUGAUUUAUGACGACC